AUGAUCUUUGUGAAGAAGAAGAAGAAGAAUAUUUUUCUCGAGAAGGACGAGCUCGCGCAUUUCAACAGACGCAGGAAUUUCAUUGCGAUGAAGAAGUGCACUUUGAAGAAAAUUGGAGACUUUAGUACCCUCCCUGCUCUCGUGAAGAGCUGGGACAGUCAGAACCCGAUUCCGCGUGGCAAUGAAGGCGCGGAAUCUCCACAUAUCAACGAUUCUACUGAAGAAUCUACGGCACCUCUCCCAUCCACCUCAAAGCUGGCGGUUAAGCGCCGGAAAGCUCGUGCUCACAAGGCUACGCGGAAAAGAGCUAAGCAACCAGAGUACCGCAACGACUUCAGUGCUGAUUUAUUAUCCGAGUAUUUUGGUGACGUAAUGUCUAAACCAAGCACUGAAUUUGAGCAGCAGUCCGCCAUUAACAACCGUGGCACGAACGAAAAGCCCCGACUGAAGAAACCCAAACGUGCAUUUAAUGGCAGCGAUUGCGAUAGCGAGAGCAGCGAAUGGGACUCCUGUGCGUCAUCUCUUGGGCCGUGCGAAAAAGACGACGAAGACGAUGAUGAAGAAGAAGGCGGUGACCAGCUUUUGCAGCAAGAGGGAGGCGACGGAGAAGAAGAUGAUGAAGAAGAGAGCAAAGGCGACUCGAAUGCACCUGAAAUCUUGGCCGCCGAACUGUGGGGGCCGGCUCAGGGCUUAAUGCCACCUGAAGUCGAGGAAGUUUUAAAUCCGCGACACCAGUCAGGCUCACCAGCACCUCUCAAUACUUCUUCGCCAGCUGAAGUUCCUCCUCCUCCUGUUGCAGCUCCUCCGACUGCUGAAGCUGUCCUACUGCAAGUCAUCAAGGAAGCUAAGAACUACUCUGGAGCGAUAUCGUCAAGCUCGGAAUGGACCUCAAGGCUUUUUGACUUGCUGGGAGUGUCGACGGGGAGCUUUCUUGAACAAUUAGGCAGACCUUCGCCUGCGGACUUUGUCGGUCUACUCGAGCAAACCGUGAAACCACUCGCGGAGUGGUCCUCGCUCGCGGGCCAGGACGAUGGGGACAUGGCUGCGAGCAUCAACCGGAUCGUGGAUGCAGCUACUCUACUGCCGUCGAAAGCCAGCGCAGAGGUGAACGUGGAACCAACAAUGGAGCAGAUUCGCACGCUGGAAGCAGACGUCGAGUCCACCUCGGAUCCCGAUCGAGCCAAGCUGCGGCGGAUCAAGGCGGAGGAGAAGGACAUGGAGGUUUGCAUGAAAAUAACGGGCCUGCUGUCCGCCCAGCGGGAACGCAUCGACUGCUAUGAUCAAAUGAUCACGGAGCGUCAGGGCUGCUGCCAUACUGUCGUUGUCCCAGCGACCCCGGGUGGCUCGGAAGUGGCACGGGAGACGUGCACAAGGGCUAACGAGAAGGCGACCAAGUUGUCGGAAGACUUGUUCUAUGCUUCCAGCAGUGUAUUGGGCGUCAUGGACGACCAAUCGCGCGACUUGGUGUAUAAAUUCACUUUUGAGCAGCAAGUAUCGACUCUAAGAUGCAAAGCUGCGGAGCUCAUUUCAUGCGCUCUGGAAAAACACGGGGAUCGACUGGGCACUUCGCUGUUGGAAUAUGUGAUUUCCGCUCUCGGGCGUAUGGACAAGAUGAAAAAACACCUUGCAGGUUACGAGUUUGCCUCCACACGCUAUGAAGACACGUACCCAAGUGACCAAGAAGAAAGAAUGAGGUCAAGAUAUGACGAAUUACAAGGGUUGGUUGAUACGCUAAGGACCGAGAUGAGGGGAGUUAUCACCUCGCAGGCUAACCUGUGGAGACCAGGGACAGAUCGUGUUGAGCGGCUAUUGUGUGAAGCGAAGGACCAUGCAAGGUUGCUGAAUUCGAGGGUUGGUGAGGAGAUAUUGAUGGGCGAAGGCGAUUGUAUUGAAUGGAAGUAG